AAUGAAAAAAAACAAAAAACAAAUAUGCGCCUGAAGCAGAAUUCGACACCAAUGACAAACGUUGAAAGAAAAGGUGCUGAAAUGGAUGAAACCAACGAAGAAAAACAGACUAACCAAAUGCAAGCAAACACUAAUAAAAAAGCCUAA